AUGAUAUCAUUGCAACGUUCAUCAACCACCUUGCACAAGAAGGAUCUCUCUUCCAACCCUCGUGCUCUCCGUCGUCUACAGACCACUUGCAAGCGUGCCAAGCAUACCCUUUCGUCAGCAACCCAGACUGCCAUCGAGAUUGACUGCUCCCCUCAGUCGUGCCCUUUUCGAGGAGCUGUGCGUGGACCUGUUCCGCAGCACGCUCGAGCCUGUCGAAGGUCCUCCGGGACUCCUAAGAUCGACAAGGCUAAUGUUCAUGAAAUCGUCCUUAUUGGUGGUUCCAUGUAUAUCCCCCAUAUUGUCAAACUCGCUGCCAUUCUUUUCGGCGACACCUCCAAGAAGACCCAGGACCUCUUACUUCUUGAUGUCAUUCCUCUAUCGCUUGGUAUUGAGACUGCCAGUGGUGACAUGACCGCCCUCAUCAAAUGCAACACCACCUUCCCCACUGAUCAUAUCAGACUUGGCGCAGACGAGGACAAGCAGGACUAG